AUGGUUAUCUUGUGGUCUUUGCUUGGAAGCUUGGUAUCACUGCACGAAGCGCUGGAAGACUUGGAUCCCUCCACUAAGUUUCUGUACACACCGCACACUAUCACUGGACUUCUGAUCGGAGUUGUAGUGCUGAUAUACUUCAGCAGAGCGUUCAACCCUCCAGAUACAUCCCCAGAUCCACUGCAAGCGGAGCGAGUGGCGUAUUUCAACAUCAAGCAUGGCAUCACUGCUGGCUGCCUGGUGUUCUUGGGUUACUCCCUCAUGCAGGGCCCCACUACAAGCAUGGUGCGGCCGCACCCAGCACUCUGGCGAAUCAUCCAUGGGAUGAUCGUCAUCUACCUGCUGGCGCUGUCCUUCCUCCUCUUCCAGGAUGUGGGCAAUGCCCGGCAUCUGCUGAAGCAUCUGUAUCCGGAGCUGGGAGUAGAUCUUGCAGAGCGCGCGUACGGGGGGGACUGCAGGCUGUACAUCGAGGGGCAGGGGAUAAACUGGCCGGUCAUCAAGGCCACGCUCUUUGAUGAGUUUGUGGUGGCCCACACCGUGGGUUGGUGGUGCAAGGCGCUGGUGAUCCGGGACUGGGCGCUGCUGUGGGUGCUGUCAAUUGGGUUUGAGCUGAUGGAGCUCACCUUCCAGCACAUGCUGCCCAACUUCAACGAGUGCUGGUGGGACAGCUGGAUCCUGGACGUGGCUGUCUGCAACUUGCUGGGGAUAUAUGCUGGGAUGAAGACAGUGCGGUGGUUUGGGUCGCGUACAUACGACUGGUCGGGGCUGAGCCAGCAGAAGACGGUGAUGGACAAGGCGAAGCGCUCGCUGCUGCAGUUCUCGCCGCACUCCUGGGACGACUUUGACUGGCACCUGACCUCCUCGCCCCUGCGCUGCAUCCAGUGCCUCUUCCCUGUAGCCCUCAUCCUCCUCAUGGAGGUGAACGCAUUCUUCCUGAAGUAUGUGCUGUGGAUCCCGCCGCUGAACCCGCUGAACACCUACCGCCUGAUCCUGCUCUUUCUGGGCGCGCUGCCGGCGACAAAGGAGUACUACGAGUUCAUAGACAGCGAGGAGUCGGACAUCUUCAACAAGCUGGGCCCCUUUGCUUGGCUGGCCACGGCCGUCGCCCUGGCGGAGACCCUGCUCUGCAUCAAGUUUGGCGCUGGAAUGUUCCCCGAGCCCCGGCCCCGGCGGGUGCUGUGGGCUUGGGGAUGUAGUGGCGCCCUCUUUGUGUCAUUCAUGGCUGUGUGGGCUGUGAGGAUCCGGCAGAGGGAACAGCGGAGAAAGGCCAAGUUGACCUAG